AGACGUUGGUGGUGCAAUAUUUCGUUUUAGCUGGCAUUUGUUUGUAUUUGCCGUGAAGUACAUAACAAUUGGCUGUUGGGGCUAGGAUGUCAGUUCUGAACCAGAGUGGCGAAGAACAGGUGGAAUGUCCCCUGUGUAUGGAACCCUUGGAGGUGGACGAUCUCCAUUUCUACCCGUGCACAUGUGGAUACCAAAUAUGUCGGUUUUGCUGGAACCGAAUCAGGGAGGGAGAGAACGGCCUAUGUCCCGCGUGUCGGAAGGCCUACCCCGAGAACCCUGCAGACUUCACACCACUCAGUCAAGAGCAGGUAGCCGCAAUAAAGACGGAGAAGAAGGCGCGCGAGCAGAAGCGGCGCAACAAGACGCUCGAGUCGCGGCGCGCGCUCGCCAACGUGCGCGUCGUGCAGAACAACCUCGUGUUCGUGGUCGGCCUGCCCGUGCGCCUCGCCGAUCCGGAGAUUCUCAAACGGCAAGAGUACUUUGGCAAAUAUGGAAAAAUUCACAAAGUAGUCAUAAAUCAGAGUCCAGCCUAUGCGGGGUCACAGGUACACACUAGCCCGUCCGCGUCGGCGUACGUGACGUACGUGUCGCCGGCGGACGCGUUGCGCGCGAUCCAGGGCGUCAACAACGUGACGCUCGACGGGCGCGUGCUCAAGGGCUCGCUCGGCACCACCAAGUACUGCGCGAACUUCAUGAAGAACCAGCCCUGCCCCAAGCCCGACUGCAUGUAUCUGCACGAGCUAGGUGAUCCGAAGGCGUCGUUCACGAAGGAGGAGAUGCACGCGGGGCUGCACCAGGUGUACGAGCGGCGCCUGCACCAGCAGCUGCUCGCCGCCAAACCAGACGACAAGCAACUAGGUAAUUCUAGUACGAAUGCAGAUAAAGGCAGUACAAAAGAUGGUAAUCAAUCGAACUUUAUACCAACAACAGUGGUCACUUCGUCUCAAAUUAAUUCAGUCAGUACAGCUAAAUCGAAAAAGGACACAAAUGGUAGUAAUGUUGGCAAUGGUAGCAAUGGCAGUAACGGCAAUAACGGCAAUGGUAAAGAGGCGUGGCCCAGUCUCGGCUCGUCGCCGCCUUCCGAUAGUCCCGCUAGAAAACAACUCAGUCCCAAACCACAACAGUCCACAGCUAAGUCACAAGAAAACGGCACAUCAGAAUCGUCCAGUCCAACACUACACAAUCACCAAUCACAGAUGAAAAACGGCAAAGAUAAUCAAACGGAAAAAAGCAAUAGGAGCAAUAAAGACAGCAAUAGCAAUACAAAUGGACAGGCAAAGAAAAGCAAAUCAGACAAAUCGAAAUCAAAGAAUAGUAUUAGCAACGAAAGCAGCGAAUCGAGUUCGGCAACAGAGAAGACGGAAGCGGAAAUACACACGUCCGUCUUUGAGAAUGACACACAAUUCUUAACGAAUGAGUUGGAUGAAUUAGAAUCAGACAGACACAGCCUCUUAGAAAACCACGAUUUAUUAGAUAACAGUGAUCACAGUUUACUCGAGGACGACACACACAACCUGUUGAACGAUGCCAACAAUGAAGUAUUAAUGAUGCAGAGGCAUAGGGAAAUGCUCGCAGGGCUUGUGGACAAUAAUGUCAUGCCGCACGUCAAGAGUCCACUUAUGAACGGUUACGGGUUAUUAGACAGGGACACAAUGAGUUAUCUAGGUAAUGAUAGACAGAUUAGUCAAAUUAGCCAAGGUCUGAUGGACCAGAAGGAAUUGUUGAUGAGGGAACGCAACCGCAGCAUGCUGUUGAGACAGAACGAGCUGCUAGCCCGGCAGCACAAUGUUAUGGUUGAACUGAAACAUUAUAUGCCUUCAUCUAGUAUAGGAAUGGAGUCUGCUAGUGAAUUAUUAGGUGCUAAUUAUCAUCCAAACCCCAAUAUGCUUCCACCGUUCGGAAUGAGAGUAGACAAUUCUUUAGUAACAAAUUCACUCGGUAACACAGCGAACACACUAGCCAACUCCUUAUCUAUGAACUCUUUAUCCGCAAACACGCUGUCAGUUAACUCGCUUGGUGGAAAUUCGUUGUCAGCUAAUGCAAUGGGCGCAAACACAUUGGGAGCAACUUCGUUAGGGGUCAACUCGUUAGGCGGAAACACUCUGGGGGCUAGCUCGUUAGGCGGGAGCACACUGGGUACAAGCUCUUUGGGCGCAAACACACUAGGGACAAAUUCGUUAGCAAGUUCGUUAGGCGCAAAUUCCAUGGGAGCGAAUACGUUAGGAACAAAUUCUAUGGGAGUGAACACACUGGCCGCAAACUCGAUGGGAGCGAACACAUUAGGCGUAAAUUCAAUGGGGACAAAUGCAAUGGGCAACACAAUAGGCGGCUUCAUGCUCCACAAUCAACAGAUGCAGAUGCAAAAUCAGCAACAGAUGCAGAGUGGACUUGUAAACGGAUUUGAUUCACCACAGAGUGUUAGCGAGGGUCGGUAUCAAGCGGACACGAUGGACAAGUUCUUCACCGACUUCCACAAGGCGCAGCAGAUGCGGCUGGUGGCGGGCGGCGCGGGGGCGGGGGCGGAACGCCCGCGUUACCCACACAACAUGCUCAGCGCCGAGCGCCUCGAGAUGGAGCACAAGAGCAGAAUGAGCGGCUACCGCGCGUCGGAGGGCGCGGGCGGGCGCGCGGCGGGCGACGGCGACGACGACCUCGACUUCGACCCCUUCAAGGAGACGCAGAAGGCGCUCGCCGAGAUGAUGGAGACCGAGAUGAUGCUCAGCAACAUCUCCAGCGGAGACAAUAUGGAUCGUGUCCGACGCACCCGCCUGCCCCCGCCCGGUUUUAGUCACUUGAACGCUUAUGGCAGGCAUCAACCACAACAACAAGGUUACAACAAUAGCAAUGCGAUGUUCUCAGACUGGACGCAGAUGGACCCCGCGAUCAUGUCGACGUCGGUGAACUUCGGCAAGAGCCAGCCGGCGCUGAGCCAGCAGGAGCUGUUCGCGCGCUUCAACCAGCUGGCCGUGCAGCCCAACGGCGUCAAGCUGCAUGCGCACGCGCACGCGCCGCCCAUGGUGCAGUGGCCCGCCGCGCAGAAGCCCUGGGGCGCCGUCGCCUACAACACCAUGCCCCUGCCCCCCGGCUUCGCCCCCCCAAAGACCUCCCAACACCCCGCCGAGUGCAUCGACGCCAAGUAAACGUGCAAUGCAACCCCCUCGACCCGCUCCCCCCUCCACAGUGGAUAUUAUAUUUUCUUAUACCUAGCCUCUUUCCGUUGGUGAUGUGAUCGAUAAAUCUUUGUAUUAACAGAGCAUAUUUUAACGAGAGAAAUAUGAUAACAAAGGAAUUUGUAAAAUAAAUUAA